CUGUCGUUGUCUGAAGUCGUGGGCAAAGUGGUUUGCAACGCGAAAACGCUCCUAAUAAACGCUUGUGCUCUUCUUCUACCCAAAUCAACAAAACUUUUUGUUGGUAGUAAAAUUUUUCUGGGUUUACCAUAAAUCUCAAGAAAAAUAAGAACUUGAUGGGAGAAUAAGAAGGGGAGGCAUAAUUGAUUGAAUAAGCUUUGAAUUGUCGGUAAAUAGUGAUAGAUGGAUUCAAAUCAAGAACUACCGGAGGGAACGGUACAGAACAUCCUAGACCAGGAAAGUCUCAAGUGGGUUUUUGUGGGAGGGAAAGGUGGAGUUGGAAAGACAACUUGCAGCUCUAUAUUGUCAAUUCUUCUUUCCAGAGUCCGAUCUUCUGUGCUUAUCAUAUCUACCGACCCUGCCCACAAUCUCAGCGAUGCCUUCCAACAAAAAUUCACCAAGAAUCCUAUCCUUGUCAAUGGCUUCUCCAAUUUGUAUGCCAUGGAAGUUGAUCCAACAGUGGAGAACGAAGAAACAGCUAGUUCAGAUGGGAUGGACGGUUUUUUGUCUGAUCUAGCGAAUGCAAUUCCUGGAAUAGAUGAGGCCAUGAGUUUUGCAGAAAUGCUUAAAUUAGUGCAAACAAUGGAUUAUUCCGUUAUAGUAUUUGAUACAGCUCCAACUGGACAUACACUUCGUCUGUUACAAUUUCCAUCGACAUUAGAGAAGGGUCUGGCCAAGAUGAUGAGCUUAAAAAGUAAAUUUGGUGGUUUGAUAAGCCAGAUGUCACGUCUCUUUGGUGCUGAUGAUGAAUUCGGCGAGGAUGCAAUUCUUGGAAAGUUGGAAGGCAUGAAAGAUGUGAUUGAACAAGUCAAUAAGCAGUUUAAAGAUCCAGACUUAACUACAUUUGUUUGUGUUUGCAUCCCUGAAUUUCUCUCUCUGUAUGAAACUGAAAGACUCGUUCAGGAACUCACCAAAUUUGAGAUAGAUACACACAAUAUUAUUAUUAAUCAAGUACUGUUUGAUGAAGAAGCUGUGGAAUCCAAGUUACUAAAGGCUAGGAUGCGGAUGCAACAAAAGUAUUUGGAUCAAUUCUACCUGCUAUACGAUGAUUUUCACAUUAGCAAGUUGCCCUUGCUGCCACAAGAGGUUUGUGGGGUUGAAGCACUGGAAUCAUUUUCACGCCAUUUUCUAUCACCAUAUCAACCUUCCCUUGUUCGAGGAACUGUGGAAGAGUUACAGGAGAGGAUAUCAGUACUGAAAGAACAGUUGAAAGAUGCUGAAGCGCAAUUAGAAAAAAUCAGAAAAGGGAAACAGAAGGUUUGAUUGAAAAGAAAAAGAAUCAGAAAAGGGUGCAUUUAUGGGCCAAUAUCGUCAGUCACAAAAGCAUUCUGUGCUUUUGUUGGAUUUUUCAGACCGUUCAGAUGCAUAAACUUUUUUUGAUUGUCAUUAUCUUUAUUAAAUUGAUGCAUAAACUUUAGUCAUAUAAGUUAUUUGUACCCUUCAGGCAGAAAUACUUUUCAUAUAUUGAAUGUGUUGUAGCUUAGCCAAACAGAAUUGUAGAUUUUCCAUGGACAUCAAUUUUGAUUAAGCAUCUCGGAAUAAUUUUUGUUGCUC